AUGCCAGGAAGACCAAAAAGGAGAAGAAAUUUGGAAGCUUGGGAACAAAAGAAGGAUGAUUCACAAAUGAACAAGGCAGGAGCUCCAAAGAGAUGCAGUAGAUGCUUAAGUUGGUUGGGGAUGCUUCCGGGAACAUGGGCUUAUGUUAGUGCAGGUGCUUUUAGAAGAACAAUAAUUGAACCACCAUCACCAACCUCAAGAUUUCUGGUCAGUCUACACUGUAAGCGCUGCUGCCAGAAAGCUGCUUACAGUGUAGGCGCUGCUGCUAGAAAGCUGUUGAUGCACCUCCAUGAGUAG